GUGGAAGUAGAACUGUAGGGGAAGUGAAACAUGCGGUGCCAGCUAAGCUGGAUGUCGGUUCCUCAAUAAUCCUCGUUCCCUGUCCCAUGCCAUCAUCCAGUGGUUAGGGUUGGAGAACUUGUGUGCACUCACUUUCCUUUCUUUUCUUCUUUCUUCACACUCUCACUCACCAUUGCCCUUUGGAUCGCUCUAAGCACCACGUCCUUUUCGAUCCACAUUUCAGCGUGUGUAUAAGUCAUCAUGCUGUUGUGACUGUUAAAGACAGUGCAGUGUGGGGAAAGAGCCUUGUGAUUACUUGUUUGAGACUAGUAAGGAAGGAAGCAAGAGGAUGUCAAACAGUAGGAACACUCAUUGGUGUUAUAGUUGCAGGAGGCCAGUUCGGCUGGGACGACGAGAUAUGGUUUGUCCUAGCUGCAACGAGGGAUUUGUUCAUGAACUUAAUGAUAUGGUGCAUGUUAAUCCUUUUGACUUAUUUGGAAUGGACAACAAUGAGGAACGAGACCAAAGGCUUGGACUCAUGGAAACUUUCUCUGCCUUUAUGAGGCAUCAAAUGGCGGAUCGUGGAAGAAGCCGAGAUAUCAGGGCGCGAACAGAUUCAAAUCCUGAACACAGUUCUGGGUUUGCUCCUCUUUUGAUCUUUGGUGGCCAGAUUCCUUUCAGAUUGUCCGGACACGGUGGCUUUGAGGCGCUGUUCAACGGUGCUCCUGGAAUCGGUCUGACACGAGGAAACACCGGCGAUUAUUUUAUUGGUCCUGGACUAGAAGAACUGUUUGAACAGCUUUCAGCUAACAACAGGCAAGGUCCCCCACCGGCGGCGAGGUCCUCCAUCGAUGCAAUGCCUACCAUCAAGAUCACUCAGAGGCAUCUUCGUUCAGAUUCACACUGUCCAGUGUGCAAAGAUAAAUUUGAGCUGGGAUCUGAAGCAAGACAAAUGCCUUGCAACCAUUUGUAUCACUCAGAUUGUAUUGUUCCAUGGUUGGUGCAGCAUAACUCUUGCCCUGUUUGCCGCCAAGAACUGCCGCCACAAGGAUUGAGUAGUAACCGAGGUGCAAAUGGUAGGAGCAGAAGUGGAAGGGUUAGUGGUAGUGGUAGGGAGAGCCAGGGAAGGAGAAAUCCGUUUUCCUUUUUGUGGCCUUUCCGUUCUUCUAACUCUAGCAGCAAUGAUGAAGCAACUGGAAGCAGCACAACAACACCACCAACUAUCCCUGAUAAUAGCCAUCAUGCAGGGUACUCUGGGUGGCCAUUUGAAUGACUUAGUGUGAGUAGAACAUUUUCUUUUGUUUGUUAUUCUACUCCUGUUGAUUGAAAGAUCUUGUGGACUGAUGCUGCAUGCUUGGGGUGAAAACAGUUUGAGAUCUUAGUCUACCAGUCUGGAUUUGCUUUCUAAAGUUGUGAACUAUUUUGUAUAAAAAUGGUUAUUUAUGCAUAAUUGUUUGAAUUUACUAUCCAACAUAGCAAGUGUUUUUUGUUUAAUAGAAAUUAUUUCAUAUAAA